GCACACACACACGCGCGCGCGUACACACGUAAACCCACACUUGCAUCACAGAGUAAUGUUUAUCCUCUCGCCACCUUGUUUCACUGGACAUUCAGAUGUGUACGAUGGAGCGAGUGGUGAGAGGGAGGUAAUCCCUGCUCCCUCCCCGCUGCUAAACGCUUUCUCUCUCCCACACACACACACACUCCCUCUCUCUCUCGCUCUCUCCGUUCACUCUCGUUCAGUGGAACGUCUGAUGCUGUUGCUCCACUAGUCGCUAUCUUCGCUUACAGCAGACAUGGCGACAGUGGUCCAACCGCUCACUCUGGACCGAGAUGUGGCAAGGGCCAUUGAAUUGCUGGAGAAGCUCCAGGAGUCUGGGGACGUCCCAGGUCACAAACUCCAGUCCCUGAAGAAGGUUCUGCAGAGUGAGUUCUGCACGGCCAUCAGAGAGGUUUAUCAGUAUAUGCAUGAAACAAUAACAGUGAAUGGCUGCCCGGAAUACCAGGCACGGGCCACAGCAAAGGCGACAGUAGCAGCCUUUGCAGCGAGUGAAGGCCACUCGCACCCUCGGGUGGUGGAGCUGCCGAAGACGGAGGAGGGCCUGGGCUUCAACGUGAUGGGAGGGAAAGAGCAGAACUCGCCCAUCUACAUCUCCCGCAUCAUCCCCGGGGGCGUGGCGGAGCGGCACGGGGGGCUGAAGAGAGGGGACCAGCUGCUGUCUGUCAAUGGGAUGAGUGUAGAAGGGGAGCACCAUGAGAAGGCGGUGGAGCUGCUGAAAGCUGCCAAGGACACGGUGAAGCUGGUGGUGCGCUACACGCCCAAGGUCCUGGAGGAGAUGGAGGCACGCUUCGAGAAGCUGCGCACCGCCCGCCGACGGCAACAGCAGCAGCUGCUCAUCCAGCAGCAUCAGCAGCAGAACCAGUCCGCGCAGCAGAACCACAUGUCGUAGGUUGUUCCAGAAGAAGAAGUAGUGGACCUUCAACAGCAGCUCCAGAGGCCCCGUCACUCAACCAUCAGAGGAGGCGAUCAACAGCCAACCCGGCGGACUAACAGCGUUUUUUGGCCAAUGAAGACUUGCCCUCAUUUCAGUGUACUCUACCGACAGAUGUUCAAGAAGUGAAAAAAAAAUCCGUGGUGUGUGUCCUGUUAUACACUGGUGCUUCGAGAAAUGUGUGCAGCAACGUAAGAAGCAAGAUAGCACUAUAUUGGUCUUUUAGAAUCGUUGCUCUUGAGUUGCCCUCUGAUAGUUCUAAGUUCUGGCCCUUUUAUGAGAAGGUUCUGUCUCGUAGUUUGUGAUACUUGUAUUCCUUUGUCCUCUAUCUCUUGGUUUUUUGACCCCCAUUGUGUUGACCGAGUUGAUUUUCUUCUCCUUUGUAUUUUUUGCCACAGCUUUAUAUGGUGACAUUUUUAACACUUCUUCUACUGGUGCUUGUUGUCUGUGUGAAUGAGCAUUGCUUUUAUUUUUUUCGAGUCAAAUGUGUCUUAAUUUGGAUAAAUGUGAGCUCUUUUUUACCUUCUAUACUGUAGCAAGAAAUAUUUUGUAUGAGGAAAACUAAACUCUCGUAGAUUUAGCAAUAACACGCCUCAGUUUAUUUGACACGUCCUUGUGGAGGUUAUGGUUAUGGGGGAAAGCCGAGCUAAAUGACACCAGAGUUAAAUUAUACUGUAUCUUAUGCACUGUGUGACAUAAGCUAGCUGCAACCAGAAAUGAGGUCAUUUGCACAUCACAGUUUAUUACAGUGCAGUCAUUGUGAUUACUGCAUAAUUGAUUGUGUAUUGAAUUGACAACCCGGAGGACAUAUAGUGAACAAUGUUAACUACCAGUGAUAAUACGGAUGUCAUUACUGCAAUUUUGUGAAUGUGACAGACAUAUUUCCAUCUGGAAACAGUCAGAAAGUUAUUUAAGUGAAAUUUGCAUAGAAAUAUUAUUUAACCAUUGAUGUGAGUAAAUAAGGACAAAUGGAAUGUGAAAAAAAUGAUAUAUCUAUUAAGGAAAGGAAAUUUUAAGGUGAUAUUUAUUGUUAUUUUUGAAUAUUUCUAUUUUAUAGUUUAUUAUAUGUCUAGAGUUUUAUUCUUCGGUCAAUGUAUCAUCAAAGUACAUGUGAUUUUGUAAAAGAUGCAAAAGGUUAUUCAUACCAUUGAGUUACAUUUGAUUCACCAUAUAAGGAGACAUUUUAUUCAGUCAGCUGUUCAAUGCCACCUUUUGACAAUCAUUGUUCCAAGCCAAGCAUUUCUAUAUACUUUUUUUCUUACCAACAGGGGGCCACUCUCUCAGAACAUCCUCAUACCGUAACAAACAUCUGUUAGAAUAGCUAAGCUAAUUGCUAAGUAGUCUGAUUAAUAUUUGUGUCCUAAUACAACCAAACACAUAGAUCUAGAUAAGGGAUAGAAACCGAUGAACAAACACUAACUGAAGUAGUAAUGUAUCUGUAUUUUUCUGACAAUAUUCCAGUAGACAGAUUUUUGUUGACCAGUUAGCGCCCCACUGAUGUCGUAAGACUAGCUCCUCUGGGGAGGCCACUCAACCAACUGACCCACCAUGUGCAAUGUGCCACUCUGAUAGAGAGUCCAUACCAAGCUGUGACAGUGUUCUCUCUCCCUCUGUUCAUAUCCGCAGUCAACCUGGAUUUUAACUUGUUCCUUUUGUAAGAAAUGUUUGCCCAUUUUCUUAACAAUGACUUGCAUUUUUGGGGCUGAAUAUACUGUAGAUACUUAUUAUAUAGAAAUAUUACAAAAAAAGACAAAACAUUGCCAAGUCAUAUGCAAUUGUUAUACAUAUUAUAUUUGUAUAAAUAAAUAUAUGUGUGUGUCUAAAGCCA